ACGUAACUUAAGGUUAUUUGUCCUGAAGUGGCAGAAUAAGAUGGAAUGAAGAUAAAGGACACACAACACAUAAGAGGAAAUACCUACAUCUAGGAUUUUCAAGCAAUUCACCCCUUCAGUGGAAUAUUUUAAUUACCCACAAUACGAUUUCUAGGCCUGGGACUCUUUCUCUGAGCUGUCAAUUAUUUCAGAUUUCUCUGGAUACACAGAGAUUUGCUGCGCACUCGAUACAGCAAGUAACAAUGUUCGAGAACUUCGAUUAUGCGACCACUCUUCGUGGUUUAAUCCUUCCUCUUGCAUAUGUAGUUGUCCUUAUUGGAUCUUUAGGAACCUUUUCUUCAUUAUACAGAAAGCGGAUAGCAGGUUAGUAGAUCUUUAUCCUCAAAUGUGCGCACAACUAAUGGGGGCAUCUAGCCAAAUCUGCGACUCUUGCGCCUUGGUUCCCCCCACAUCUACAAAGAAACAUUUACUUUUCACUAGCUCAUCUCGAGCCAGAAGAAGGGGACGAGAAAGCGCCAAAGGUACCCGGAGAGCUCAUACGAGCGGCUUUAUUGAGAAGGGCCGUCGAAGAUAUCCACCGGAUUAUCCAACUCAGAACAGCAAAGCAAGCAUGUAGCACCUUAUUACAGAGAGGGAGCGUAGGCGACGAUUUAUGGCAAAGAUUUCUGAGAGCGGAGAAAGAAAUGGAGGAAGAGCUUAGAGAUGUGGUCAUGGAGGUGGGUCAAAACAUUUUCUAACUGACUGAGAGGUUGAAUUUAACUAAUCAUAAAUAGGCAAAUGGGUUGGCACCAAAUUGGGGACAAACGAUUUUUCAGUCUGCAAAUGAAAUAGCCACAAAUACCCUGUUUAGAAAAAACAUUGAUGAUAUUCAGGCCAGGACCCAAUCUGAGAAAGAGUGGUGGGAGAAACGUCGAGCCUCAAUUCAGUCAGAAUUCAUGAAAGAGUUAGAUGAAGAAGCUAAGGCAUCCAAAGUUACCUCACCAACCAAGUCCACCAGCAUCAUGAGCGACGAGGAUGCUAUUCUAGUUCAAGGAGGUGGGCCUGCAGCUAGUGAACAAGGAAGCCCCAGCAGGAAGAAAGGCAAGAAAUAAGUGGAUUUCCUAGGCCGUCAGGCAAUGUAUAAGAUCAUGAGUUUUGCACAAAUGAGGCAUAGGCGUUAUGGUGUCGUGUUUUAACUGUUGUAAGAUAUUGGCAUGGUAUUGCAUAUAUCCUCUAUGAGGCCUCUAUGAGAGACGUAUGAAGAGUCGUAGGACCAGUCCCUGGUAUGGCUAGAAAUAAUAUAAAUAUGACUUCUAGAGGAGGACAAGCAGACCUUUUCAUU